ACAGAUGGCUUGCGCGACGGCGCUUGUGGCAGCCGGGCGGCGGCGGGGCACGUGGGCGCGCUGCGCGUGCUGCUGGCGGCGGGCGGCGGCGGAGGGCGGGCGGGGGCGGGCUGCGUGGGGCGCGCUGCGCGGCGCGCUGGCGGCCGUGGGCUUGCGGAGGCGGGCGGCGCGAGUGCUGCUGCAGGCCCACUCCGUGGGCUCGAGGCCCCUUCGCCGAGACGCAAGCUCUUGCGGCCCACUGCGCCGCCAGCGCCAGCGCAAUGCACUCGCGAUUGGGUGCACGUUAAAGUUUUGCGACGCGUGUGCGCGGUGAAGGUGGAGGUGCUGCUGGCGGCGGGCGUGGACCCCGACGCGUGCGACCACGAGGGCUUCACGGCGCUGCACCGCGCGGCGGAGCACGGGCACGAGGAGCUGGCGCGCGCGCUGCUGCGCCGGGGCGUGCUGCGCGACAGGCAGGACGUGGCGCUGCGCACGGCGCUGCACGUGGCGUCGGAGCACGGGCAGCUGGCGGUGGCGGAGCUGCUGCUGGCGGCGGGCUGGGACCCGGCGCGCGCCGACGACGCCGGCUGCACGCCGCUGCACUACGCCUCGCAGUGGGGGUGAGCCAGCGCACUCUACUUUCUCUUUGUCGGGCUUGAAAACAACCACUGGGAACACACAAUCGGCUGCGUUAAACGAGGAACGAUAAUAUCCAUGUUUUAUGGGUCCUUGAUACCGAAAAAUCGAUUAACGACAAAACGUUUGUCCGUUUGUGGUCAAAGCUAGCGCCAAAACU